UGUGUUUCUGUAACUCUUAGCGGUAUUAUGGAAUAACCUGUGCUUUUUCUUGCUUCAGGCACACGCUGUCAAGAUGUCAUUUUUAUUUGAUUGGAUCUACAGGGGGUUUAGUAGUGUUUUACAAUUCUUGGGCCUGUACAAAAAGUCUGGGAAGCUGGUUUUCCUCGGCCUGGACAACGCUGGUAAAACAACGCUCCUGCACAUGCUGAAAGAUGACCGACUUGGCCAGCAUGUGCCAACGCUGCAUCCAACUUCAGAGGAGCUGACAAUCGGUGGAAUGACAUUUACUACAUUUGAUCUGGGAGGACAUGUCCAAGCUCGGAGAGUCUGGAAGAACUACCUUCCAGCUGUGAAUGGAGUCGUCUUCCUUGUAGACUGUGCAGAUCACGACAGACUCACAGAAUCCAAGACGGAACUUGACGCUCUCCUAUCAGACGAGACCAUCGUCAACGUACCGGUGUUGGUGUUGGGUAAUAAAAUCGACCGUCCUGAAGCCAUCAGUGAAGGAGGACUGAGAGGAGCUUUUGCUCUUGAUGGUCAAGUUACCGGAAAGGGAAACGUCUCUUUGAAGGAGCUGAACGUUCGGCCGCUGGAGAUCUUCAUGUGCAGCGUGUUGAAGAAACAAGGCUAUGGGGAAGGUUUCAGAUGGUUAUCCCAGUACAUUGACUGACAUGCAGACGUCUGGCUUAACAAGAAGGGAUUUAAUUGACACUUUCUCAUGAAGCAUGACAAAGAGUUUGUCUCUUUGUCACUGUCAGCCAGCCCAAAUUUCAAGCCGUAUUAUUAAGAGUAUACCCCUUUUAGUCCUUCAAUUCUUCUAUGCAAACUUUUCAAAGUGGUUACUGUCCUAAAAGUGUAAUUAAUGCGAGAGUUAAUUGAGUUGCUUGGCUUGUUAAUUAGGUUACAUCACACCUGAUUACAACACGAGCAGCCAGACAUUAUGCAAGAAUGUAGAUAUGCUCACUUCCGUGUUGCAUUAUUUAUUAUUUAAUAGACCAACAGCUUGAUUUGGAAGCGAGUAAUGAAACGUAAGGACUCACGGUGAUUGUGUUGAGCAGCUUCAUGCUUGUCUGACAUCAAAUUAAGAUGGCCGAGAUUAGAUUUUAAAACGAUUACGCAGACAAACGACUAAAUAGAGGAGAUUAAUUUUACUUCAUUUAAUCUCCAGAUAUGCAGCCUCUGCCUUCAAAGCAUAAAGCCAAAGAUGUAUUCUGACUUCAGGAUUAGCGGAGAGAGAGAUUCAAACAAAAGACAUCUUCCACACUGAGCGCUGAGCCAAAAUAACGUCAAAAUCCCCUUCAGAAACCUAAAAAAAGAGAGGAGAAAAGACAAAUACAGGCGGAGAUGAUGGAGUAAACUGAGUCAAAUUAGGCAGCUCACUGAUGAGUGUGCUGUGAUUAAUGUGCGGCUCAUUGUUGGUCAAAUUUGGCUUGUUUGUUUAAGAAUUACAUCAUAACCGAUAAAGUUGAAGGCAGCUAAUCUGAAAAGCGUCGGGCUGAUGUACGUCUUUGUUGUCGUUUAUUAUAGGACGUUCAGUGAGGAAGAUAAAAUGCUCAUUUAGAAGUUGAUGAUUGAUUUCUAUGACUGUCCUUGCUUUAUUGUAUCAUGAGGCCAGUAUUAAUGAAUUACUCUUAAAAUAUCAGGAAGCAAUAAAGCAGAAUUUAAGAAGAAUUUCAUUUUUUCCACUUAAGAGUAGGAAAGAAUAAUUCUAUUAAUUCUGCUCAUCUGUUACUAUCAACUAAUCUGUCUGCUUAGAAUUGGAUACAGUUUUACUUGAAAGGAGCAUAUGAAUAAUGGCAAUACUUUAAAUAAGAGCCUAAAAUUGAAGCUUAUUUUCUUAUUUGUUAUUUAUUCCUUCAUUCCAGAGCCUGAGCCAUAUAUUGAUGUGUAAUUAGCAUGUAGGCUUCCAGCACUAAUAAGGUUAGUGUUGCAGGUAAUGUACUUUUUGACUGUCUGAAUAGAUAGGAGAGUGCACUUGCACACUAUAAUACACUAAGCUGAAAAUCAAUGUUCUAGUCUUCUACUGCAUAGUGCUAUUUUGAGUCCAUGCAUGCAAACAUGCUUAGAUUUUUACUGCAUAAAUUUGUAUCCUCAUUAUGAGCUCGAAAUACAUAAUCAGGAAGAGAAGCAUGUGACCUUUGUAUGUUAUCGACUGUUUCCUGCACCCCUUGUUUACAGGGUAACAUUUUCAAUAUUCUGUUUGAUAAAGGAUUAUCUGUGACCGAGAUUAAAAAAAAGAAAAAGAAACUGAAAGGAAUAUAUAUAUAUAUAUAUGUGUGUGAAGGAAGAUUUUUAUACAGCGAGGAGUGUUUAUUGAAAUGUUGUAUGCAUGUAAACAAACUGCUUUUCCUUUGAACAGUGUUCUGUACUGGUUGCUGAACUCCUGUAAAUUAUGUAUUAUACAGAUGUAAAUGCUUGUACAGUUACUGCCCUUGAGCUGACACUAUAAAGCACUGGAGUUAUUUAUAACUGUCUAUUACUUGAAUUAAUGUUUUCAGCGAUUAUCUGUACAAAUAGUUAAUGUGAACGACAACAUCUGCACAGAAAUUGAGUGAGUCUUCGGUCUAUUUAAUAAGUGGUUGAAAUGUAAUAAAACCGUCCUUUUAUAGAUCCAUCGCA